AAAUGUAGGCUUUCUGGGCUAAGUCUAUGUUACAAGGACUUAGUCUUGCUCUUGUCCUAUGAAGCAGCCAGAAGCAGCACAAGAAUAAAACUUCAAUGAAAGAGUAUUUACAAAGGCAUCUGUGUAGCCCAGGGGCUGUGGUUUACUAUCCCAUGGAGCCAUCAGUCCCUUCCUUUGUCUCGUCCUCACUGCAUUCCCAGGAGAAAUUGUUGUAAAUGAAGUCAAUUUUGUGAGAAAAUGCAUUGCAACAGACACGAGCCAGUAUGAUUUAUGGGGAAAGUUGAUAUGCAGUAACUUCAAAAUUUCCUUUAUUACAGAUGACCCAAUGCCAUUACAGAAAUUCCAUUACAGAAACCUUCUCCUUGGAGAGCAUGAUGUCCCUUUGACUUGUAUUGAACAGAUUGUCACAGUGAAUGACCACAAGAGGAAACAGAAAGUCCUAGGUCCCAACCAGAAGCUGAAAUUCAAUCCAACAGAAUUAAUUAUUUAUUGUAAAGAUUUCCGAAUUGUCAGAUUUCGCUUUGAUGAGUCGGGUCCUGAAAGUGCUAAGAAGGUAUGCCUUGCAAUAGCUCAUUAUUCCCAGCCAACAGACCUGCAGCUACUCUUUGCAUUUGAAUAUGUUGGGAAAAAAUACCACAAUUCAGCCAACAAAGUUAAUGGAGUAUCCUCAGGAGGUGGAGGAGUAUGGAGUGGAGCUGGCAGUCCCAGCAGCCAGAGGACGCCGCUGUUCGAAACUUACUCAGAUUGGGACAGAGAGACCAAGAGGACAGGCGCUUCUGGGUGGAGAGUUUGUUCUAUCAAUGAAGGUUACAUGAUAUCUACUUGCCUUCCAGAAUACUUUGUCGUGCCAAGUUCACUAGCAGACCAAGACCUGAAGAUCUUUUCUCCUUCUUUUGUUGGAAGAAGAAUGCCAUGCUGGUGCUGGAGCCAUUCCAACGGCAGUGCUCUUGUGCGAAUGGCUCUCAUCAAAGAUGUGCUGCAGCAGAGGAAGAUCGACCAGAGGAUUUGCAAUGCUAUAACUAAAAGUCAUCCACAGAGAAGUGAUGUUUACAAGUCAGAUUUGGAUAAGACUUUGCCCAAUAUCCAAGAAAUACAAGCGGCAUUUGUAAAACUUAAGCAACUGUGUGUCAAUGAGCCUUUUGAAGAAACUGAAGAGAAGUGGUUGUCUUCACUGGAAAGUACUCGGUGGUUAGAAUAUGUCAGGGCUUUCCUUAAACACUCAGCUGAACUUGUGUACAUUCUUGAAAGCCAGCGUCUCUCUGUAGUCCUGCAAGAGGAGGAAGGCAGAGACUUGAGUUGUCUGGUGGCGUCUCUUGUUCAAGUGAUGAUGGAUCCAUACUUCAGGACAAUUACUGGAUUUCAGAGUCUGGUACAGAAGGAGUGGGUCAUGGCAGGGUACCCGUUCCUAGACAGAUGUAACCAUUUGAAGAGGUCAGAGAAAGAGUCUCCUUUGUUCUUGCUGUUCUUGGAUACCACGUGGCAGCUGCUAGAGCAGUAUCCAGCUGCCUUCGAGUUCUCCGAGACGUACUUAGCAGUACUGUGUGACAGUACCCGGAUCUCGCUGUUCGGGACCUUCCUGUUCAACUCUCCUCAUCAGCGGGUGAAGCAGAGCACAGAGUUUGCUAUCAGCAAAAACAUUCAGCUGGGUGAUGAAAAGGGCUUGAAAUUCCCCUCAGUUUGGGACUGGUCUCUUCAGUUCACGGCGAAGGACCGUACUCUUUUCCACAACCCCUACUACAUUGGCAAGAGUACUCCUUGCAUACAGAAUGGCUCCAGGAAGUCUUUUAAGCGCACAAAGAAAAGCUACAGCUCCACACUGAGAGGAAUGCCCUCAUGCUUGAAGAAUGGACUCAUCAGUGACCAAGAACUGCUUCCGCGGAGAAACUCACUGAUAUUGAAGUUGAAGCCAGACCCGCCUCAGCACGGCGACAGCCAGCACAGUGGAGCAGAGCAGUAUUUUAAAGAGUGGUUUUCCAGACCAGCCAAUCUACACGGCAUUAUCCUGCCACGUCUCUCUGGAACACACAUAAAAUUGUGGAAACUGUGUUACUUCCGCUGGGUCCCUGAGGCCCAGAUCAACCUUGGGGGCUCCAUCAUGGCCUUCCACAAGCUGUCUGUCCUGGCUGACGAGGUGGACAAGCUCAGCAGGAUGCUGAGGCAGCAUCACAGCGGCCCCUUAGAAGCCUGCUACGCAGAGUUGGACCAGAGCAGGAUGUACUUUAGGGCCACAGGGCCACAUGACACGCUAGGGACACCAGAGUUCCUCUCCUCUUCAUUUCCAUUUUCUCCUGUAGGAAAUCUGUGCAGACGAAGCAUUUUAGGAACACCAUUAAGCAAAUUUUUAAGUGGGGCCAAAAUAUGGUUAUCUACUGAGACACUAGCAAAUGAAGACUAAGGUAUUUUCUGUAUAUAUUGAGAGGAGCUGGACCUGUCCCUCUCCAAACUGAAAUUGCUAACUGAGGUGUCGAAAACUGGCCAUUUCAUAUGUAAGGAAUUUGCACUAAUAUUUAAAUCAUGUUUAGUCAUGCUGCCUUCAGUUUUCCUGAGGGCAGUGUGACUUGUGGGUUUUGUCCUUUAUCCUCUGGGUCUGGCUCACGUGGGUCACUGCAGCACGAGUUCCCCAUAGUGAUCACAAUGCCCGGGUUUCUCUGCAGAUUCUGCCAACAUCUGCUUUCCUACCACCUACUGAAGGUUGUCUGAUAGUCAGAUUACAACCCCGAGAUGGUGGACAGGGAAGUUAGUAAGUUAGUGUAUUUACUGCAUUUCCAGAUCAUCUGAGAAAACUCCUAAUAGGCCUCAGUUGGCAUCCAUGUAUUUAGCUAAUAUCUUAGCUUGUGUUCUGGGGUUAGAUAUUAUUAUUUUAGCUCACCUCAGUUAGGACCUAAGAUCACUGUGUUUCCAAAUCAUGAAUUUGCUUUAAUUCCAUACAACUAACUUUUAAAAGAUGCACUGUAAUUUUAAAGCAUUCACUGUAGCUAUUUAAACCUAGAAGUGCCUUUGACGUUAAGAUAAAAGUGACAAGCUAGAAUAAGAAGGAAAUAUAAUUCUAAAAGUUAGGGUCUUUAGACCCCACUGUAUAUUGGAAAUAGCUUUUUGCCAACAAGCUUACACCAACAGCCAGGAGUCUCUAGAGCCCUGCAGUCUUCGAGGCUCUUCAGGUAGCAGAGGCCCAGCUCCAGCUGUGGCUGAGGGUGCCCAGGCCAUGGGCAGGAGCGUGCCAUACUGACCACAGGCCGUGGGAGUUCUGGCCUCCUAAUGAGCACUUCAGCUGGCAUGCUGACACAGGCCGACACUUCUCCCUAGAAGUAACUGGCGGGGGUCACGAGAUGGACACAUGCACUGACUGGAAAGGACGACCUCCACAGUUGCCAUUUUAAUACACAGAGAUGCACCACCUCCAGGCUUGGGGGCAAUGCCAAGAGGCUGAGAUUCUGAUAAGAACCUGGCCAACGUCACAAAGCCCUGUGCUCCUGUCCUCUCGAGUGCUCAUGGGCUUCUUCUCCCAGUUAAAGGUGGCCAUGCCCUUGUGCACGAUGCCGUGUCUUCAGUCGCCACCUUGGAUUUUGAGAUACUUUAUAGUAAAGUGUUGAUUUAGUUUGUUUCUUUUUCUAAAGCAGAAUUUCUCAAAAUAGUUUGACUUGUAUGUGCUGUGUAGCCAUUUCUACUUAAUUAACCUUUUCUAACUGUUUAAUAAUGUCUCUGCAUUUAACAGAGCAGAUGUUCUCAUGUCUUAACAAGUUCUUAUCUUAUGGCUAAACUUAAUGUUUUCACUCAUCCGUUGCCUAUAAAAUGAGGGCUCUUGACAACUUACACAAAUAGCAUUAUCAGCAGUGAGGAUGCACCGGCCCUUGGCCACACACAGCUAGCCCUGGUCCCUGAGACACGACAGGGUGUCACCACUGGAGCCAGACAGUAAUCUCCCAUUUUCAUGAAGCUGCUUUGCUACUUCUAUAAGUUGUUCUAAAUUUAUGUUGUGGUUGAGAAUUCCUUUCUUUGUAAUUUUCAUCCCUAACAUUGACUUCAACUCCUUUCAGAACUUUUUUGGUAACUUAAAGAAGGUCAGGUACUAUUAACACUACUUUAUGAUGGAAAUUGCAUAUUUUUGUAUGGUAAAGUUGUAAAUUUUUCUAUUUUGACUGGGUGGUUGUUCCAUCACGAUUACUGUGCUACAGCUUACUAUGUCUAAUAUGUGAAGCAGCCCCAGAGUCCUAGUGUGGCCUAUGGGACAGCGGCCUGGCACCUGCUAACAAAAGCGACCCUGUGGUGGCAGAAGAGGUAAGCAUGGCUGCAUGCAGCAAACCAAAGAGCUCAGUAGCACAGUCUCCGAGGCCACAGGGCAGAGCCUGUGCUGGCCGUGCCCAUGCAGGGGCUGCCGACACUGGGUGUUCUAAUGCUGACUCCACAGGUGAGGUGUCUUGCUUUAUGAUGGGAACCAAUUCUAAAACCAAAAAUGCCUAACUCUACUUAAGGAAAGGACAUUAAUUUGUACUGACAGAAGAUGAAAAGUGUUUAGCACAUUUUUCAACAAGGUCCUCCUGCUGUAGCAGUUACCUCAAGUGAUUAAAACUUGGUGUCGAGACAAAACUAAAACCUUUGUGCCUAAAUACAACUGAUGACCUGAAGCAGGAUGAGCAGGUUGACUGGAUACUGCUCAACAGAAUGGAUGUAAAGGGAAUUCUGAUGGCUAAAUAAAAUUUCCAUGGAAACCGUU